AUGGCGGCCAGGCCACCUGUUCCGUUAUUUCCGGAAACAAACAAAAUCAGACUCUCUCACUCUCCGCAUCUUCUCUCUUCUUCCAAUUUCCGUUACAAUUUCAGCGCAAAGUGCAGUUUCGAGAAUCAUCGAAAUUCCACAAUCGAACAUUUCUCAAAUAUGAAUAGAGAUUCGGUUCACGGCAACAAUUCUUCAUUUUCUUCCUCAUUGGUCUCUGCUUCUUCUUCAGCUUCUCAACUCAAUUCGAAGAAUUCCAAGAAGGUUGUUCUCUUUUAUUCUGCUGAAACCAAAUCACUAGCUUACAAUAUUGCCUCUGAAUCUGAUGCCAUUGAACUCCGAUCCAUCUCUUGGGGCAAGUUUCCUGACGGCUUCCCCAACAUUUUCAUUCCCAAUGCUCAAGGCAUUCGUGGACAGCAUGUGGCUUUUCUGGCAUCAUUCAGUUCUCCAGCUGUGAUUUUUGAGCAGAUUCCUGUUAUUUAUGCCUUGCCGAAAUUGUUUGUUGCCUCAUUUACACUUGUGCUUCCGUUUUUCCCAACUGGAACUUCUGAAAGAAUGGAGGAUGAAGGUGAUAUCGCCACUGCUUUUACUUUGGCCAGGCUUUUGUCAAACAUACCGAUUUCUAGAGGAGGACCGACGAGUUUGGUCACUUUUGACAUUCAUGCUUUGCAGGAGAGAUUCUACUUUGGUGACAACAUAUUACCAUGCUUUGAGAGUGGCAUACCAUUGCUUAAAAGAAGGCUCCAAGAUCUGCCUGAUUCUGACAAUAUAUCAGUUGCUUUUCCUGAUGACGGGGCCUGGAAACGGUUUCAUAAGCAAUUGCAGCAUUUUCCAACGGUAGUUUGUGCAAAAGUUCGUGAAGGAGAUAAACGAAUAGUUCGAAUUAAAGAGGGAGAUCCUAAGGGUCGGCAUAUUGUGAUUGUUGAUGAUUUGGUUCAGUCAGGUGGAACCCUGAUAGAAUGCCAGAAAGUUUUGGCAGCUCAUGGAGCAGCAAAGAUAAGUGCUUAUGUGACUCAUGGCAUUUUUCCAAAUAAAUCAUGGGAACGCUUUGGGCAUGAUAAUGGGGGGAACCCAGAAAGUGCAUUCACCUAUUUCUGGAUCACAGACUCAUGUCCCUUGACAGUGAAGGAGCUGAUGCAUAGGGCACCAUUUGAGGUUCUUAGCCUAGCAAGCUCUAUAUCAGCCAGUCUUCAAAUCUGA